AUGGCCAACCUGGACUCCCCUCCGAUGCAACCGCUUAGUCGACGUCCCACUAUCAGAUCAUCCUGCCGGAUCAUGUCCCUUCCAAACUCAGUAAAAGCGUUUGCCAACGCACGGCGACGCGUGCAAGAUGUCGAUGUCCACGAUCCAAAAGCAAGCCGCAAACAGGGGGGCAAUCUGAGUGGCGAGACGGAGAGUCUUGAUUACCAGAAGCACUUCGGCAAUGGUCUAGGCAAUGACCAAAGGCAAUCAUGCGCUCAGGAUGGUGAACCUCCCUCUACCUCUAGGGGAUUCACUGCGGCCAAACUCUCAGCAGAUAACAGCCAGCCCGAAAGUCUGAGGGCCCGACUCGAUAUCGACUUCGAGUGUUUGGAGACUUUGAUCAGCGCAGAGGACCGUGGCAGCUUGCGCAGCCCCGACUUUGGCAACCCUUCUGGCAGUUCCAGCCCAAUCGUCGUACCCAUCUUCACAAUUGACGGUGACUUCAUUGAUGUGGCGACUGAGCCAGCCACAGUUUCAGGGGAGAAAGAUACUGCAGCCCAGGUUCCACCCAGAUCUGUACACCAGGGUGAACAGAGCCGUUUCAACUUUUUUUCUUCUGCGUUGGAAUCGACCAUUCAUGCUGCAGAAUUUGGGGACCUCAUCUUACCAGGAGAGAACAUCAGGUCUCUUUUCGACUUACCUGAAGGGGACUCUGGUGGUGUCUGGUGGCUUGGCCUAAACAGCCCGACAAGUAGUGAGGUUUGGACAAUCUGCAAGGCAUUUGGCAUUCACCCUCUCACCACUGAAGAUAUUAUUCAAAAGGAAAGCCGCGAGAAGGUUGAAAUCUUCCCAUCGUACUACUUCGCUUGCUUCAGGUCCUUCAUUGCCGUUGUUGAAGAUGGUGAGACAGAUUACUACUCCUUCAACCUCUAUGCGGUUGUAUUCAAAGAGGGAAUCAUCAGCUUCAGUUUCGCCUCGAACCCUCAUGCUUCUAGAGUCCGCUUUCGAAUCUCUCAAUUGAAGGAGCAAGUGUCGCUGAGUAGUGACUGGAUUUGCUACGCUUUGAUUGACGAUAUUGUGGACUCGUUCGGCCCAGCGAUCAACCAAAUUGAGCAUGAGGCAGACGCUAUCGAAGACCAGGUUUUCAUUACCCGCGUCGAGGAUCAUCAAGCCUUUCUCCGCAAAAUCGGUUAUACUCGAAAAAACGUCAUGAGUCUCAUGCGGUUGCUUGGUGGCAAAGCAGACGUUCUUCGUGCUUUCACCAAACGAUGUAAUGAAGACUACGAAGUCACGCCGCAAAUGGAUAUCGCCUUGUAUCUCGGCGAUAUCCAAGAUCACGCUGUUACGAUGAUGAAUAGUCUGGUGCACUUCGACACUAUGUUGUCGAGGUCGCACAGCAACUACCUGGCGCAACUCUCGAUCGAUAAUAUCGACAUGGGCAACCAGACCAACAAGUUUUUGAGCCGGGUGACGGUUAUCGCCACCGUCAUCGUGCCUCUGAAUGUUGUUUGCGGAAUUUUUGGAAUGAACGUCAAGGUGCCCUGGAAGGACGAAAAGAGUCUGACUGCCUUUUUUGGGAUUUUGGGUGGUAUGGUGGUGUUCGUGUUCAUCUCUCUGAUUUUGGCUAGGCGAUUCAAAUAUCUGUGA